AUGAUAGGAACUUGUUUAGAAAUAACUGAAGUAACUUACAAUAAUAACAUCAAUGUCUAUUCAGUAGAACUAAAAGUGCAAGACGAUAGUCGAGUACCAGAAGAUGAUGAGGAAGAUUUAAUAGAAGUGAAAACGCAGACUCUGCGAGAAAAUCUAAAUAAUUGUAUUAAUACAGCUUCAAAGUAUUUGUCAGAUGGUGAGUUGGACGAUAUAAAUAAGAUUUUUGCUGAAUUGAAUGAAUUAUUUCCACAGGAAACAACGUGGAUAGAAGGACAUAAACAAUGCAUAUUGGGAAAAUACUAUGCGUAUACAGCAGAAGAUUAUCAUCUAGCACUAUCAUACUACGAAAAAGGAAUAAAAAUUUGGGAACAAUAUCUUGAUGAUAAUGAAUUAAACGCUGCUGUUAAUAUCGCUAAUAUUCAUCGAAAAAUUGCCGAUAUUUAUAAAACUAGAAUAAUAGAUUACAGUAUUGCAAACAAACAUUAUGAUUAUGCAAUUACUCUGUUAAGCAGUUCACUUAAAGAAACAGCAAAUGAAGCCUAUAUGCUUAAAUUACACGAGUUGAUAAUUUGGUACUACGAGAAGAAAGCGGAAAUUGCCGUUGAUGAAAAUGAAAGGAGAGCAAAUUUAUUAAAAGCUACUGAAUAUGAACAACUGAAAUUAAAUGAACUGUCGAAAUACUAUCCAUCGAAUCACCCACGAGUAAAGUCCCUGGCUAUAUAUUUGGCUGGUUUACAAAAAUCACUAUUACUUUUCGAAGAAGCGGUUAAGAAUUACAAUAAACUUACGGAAAUAUGUCUUCUAGAAGACAAUCCACAAUACGAUGAGAUCGCUUUUAUAUAUAGGAAUUUGUGUGAAAUUUGCAUUAAAUGGAAAGAAGAUUAUGGUUCUGCACUCGAUUGUAAGAAAAAAGAAAUUGAAUGUGGAAUGAAACAUCAUGUUGCUAGCGGUAAAGCUAGUAAACUCGAGAAAAACUACAUCCAGCAUCAAGUUGCACAAAGCCACUUGGAUAUUGCUGAUAUUUACUUUAAGCUAUCUGACUUUCAAUUGGCUCAUGACAAUAUUGUUAGAGCAAGAGAACUCUACGAAGCUAGUGAUUACUUUAAAAAACAAGAAGAAAUCAAUAAAAUAAUGGACAAGCUAAAGAACAUUGAAUCUCUAAUUUAA